AUGGACCUGCAACCAUGGACCUGCAACCAUGGAGCUGCAACCAUGGACCUGCAACCAUGGACCUCCAACCAUGAACCUGCAACCAUGGAUCUGCAACCAUGGACCUGCAACCAUGGACCUGCAACCAUGGACCUCCAACCAUGGACCUGCAACCAUGGACCUGCAAUCAUGGACCUGCAACCAUGGACCUCCAACCAUGGACCUCCAACCAUGGACCUGCAAUCAUGGACCUGCAACCAUGGACCUGCAACCAUAGACCUGCAACCAUGGACCUGCAACCAUAGACCUGCAACCAUGGUGCUGCAACCAUGGACCUGCAACCAUAGACCUGCAACCAUGGACCUGCAACCAUGGAUCUGCAACCAUGGACCUCCAACCAUGGACCUGCAACCAUAG